AAAAGAAAAAAGCGAGUUUCCUAAUGUGCAGGCCCACUUAGACCAGAAAAAGGGCUUCGUUCUUGAUCGCAGCGGAGGUUCUGUUGUGCGCGUUUCUUCGUCAUCCUCUGAUUCUCAUUCUGAUUUUCCCAAAUAUUCUACGCUUUCUUCCUCCGUCUUCUGCCUCUGUUCAUCCUAUUUCUUGCAAAAAAUUCUCUCUAAAAUAUUUCUCAGUUUCAACCUCUGAAAUUCAUCUUCUACCAAAAUGCAAGGAGGAGAAGACGUAAGCAUCGAAGAGUUGGCUUCUAAUCUCUCUACCUACAAAGACCAGCUUCAGCAGGUCAGACAGCUAUUAGAUGAUGAUCCCAGCAACUCUGAAUACAUUGAUAUGGAAAAGGAGCUUGAAGAGGUUAUCUCUCUGACGGAAGAACUACUUGCAACAGCAAAGCAAAAUGAGAUUUCUGGAUCAAACGUAGAAACUGGUGACAACAGUGCAUCAAUAAGUUUCCUGCAGUCUAAAGAAACUAAGAUGGAAGCUGAAAGCCUGUCCGAUCAUCAUGAGAAAUUUCCUAUUGGAUCAAAAGUUCAAGCUGUUUGGAGUGAGGAUGGGGAAUGGUAUGAUGCUACGAUUGAAGCCCAUACUGUAAAUGGUUUCUAUGUUUCUUAUGAUAGUUGGGGGAACAAAGAAGAGGUGGACCCUGCCAAUGUAAGGGAAAUCCAACAGGAAGUUAAUGCUUUACUUGAAGCAGAAAGAAUGGCUGAAGCUACGAAGCAGGCUAUCAAGCGCAAGAUUGCGCAAGCUGCUUCUGUUGACUUCCAAUCACGAAAUUUACCACCAAAGCUUCGUAUUGAACCUGACGAUCCUGAGGAUGUUAAAGCCACCAAACGCAAGAAAAUACAUGCUUUCAAGUCAAAGAUGCGCAUAGAACAGCUUGAAGUUACCCAAAAUAAACGGCAGAAUGCUUGGCAGCAGUUUCAGUCAGCAAAAGGCAAGUCUAAAAAGAUUGGUUUCUUCUCGGGGCGCAAGAGGGAGAGCAUUUUCAAGUCUCCGGAUGAUCCGAAUGGAAAGGUUGGCGUGACUGGAAGUGGUAAGGGUUUGACUGAGUUUCAGAAGAGGGAAAAGCACUUGCAUCUUAAAGGUGCAACGGUGGAGAUGGAUGAUUAAAGGCAGGUCAGAUUUUGUAGGUGCUUUCUUUGUAUGUAUUUUUUAUUUAGUAUCCAUUUGGGGCAAUCUGUCUGAUAUUACUAGAUCAAUACGCUAAAUGUGGUUUACCAGUAAUGUACUAAAAGUUUAGGUCCCUGGAUUUGCUCUUGGUAACAUAUUUUUCUUAUAAGAAUGGUUAUCAAGUUUAGCAUGGCAUGAUUUUUUUCCCCCUUUACGUUGACUGUUCUAUUUCCUUGGAAAUAGGCGGAUUUGUGUGAACUUGAAUGCACCAAUGUUUUAAGGGAGGUGAUUAAUCCAUGCUUAAGUUGACUAUAUAA